UCUUCAGGUAACCAGGUCGCAGUUUGAAAGUCAAAAUAACCAGAUAGCGUUUGCCACUAUCGUGUGUGACUUUGCAGCGGUUUGUUCUGAAGAUGCAGAAGCUCCAUCCAUGCCUCAAUUUCGGUUCAGUAUGAUCACCAUCAUGCCGCUCUCCACUCAUCACAAUCCCAGUUCCUGCCAUUCUGCCAUGCAAUUUCGAUCCCAUUCCUCGUCCCCAAAUGCCAUCGCCAUCUCCCUCCUCGGUUACCCAUUCCACUUCCGAUCGGAGUUCGAUUCCUACUCCAUUGCUUCCGAGGCUUUCUCUGAACGGAUUUCUUCCCUUCCGAUCCCAAUUAUGUGCCUUGUGACCCUUUAAUAUUAGCCCUAGGGUUCGCCGCACCGGAAAAUUAGUAAUCGUAACAAGCAGAAAAUCAAUUGUUGCUGUUUUUAUUUUUCGUUUUCCUUUUCCAAAAUGGAUUCCGAGGGUGGCGUUGUGGAGAAAGAUCCAACUGCGCGAUAUGUACGGUAUGAUGAAUUGUUGGGGAAAGGAGCGUUCAAAACUGUAUAUAAGGCGUUUGAUGAAGUAGAUGGAAUAGAAGUGGCGUGGAACCAAGUCAACGUGGAGGAUGUUUUGCAAUCACCGCAACAAUUGGAAAGAUUGUACUCUGAGGUUCAUUUCCUCAAGUCAUUGAAGCACGAGAAUAUCAUCAAAUUCUACAAUUCUUGGGUCAAUGAAAAGUCCCGGACUAUCAACAUCAUCACCGAGUUGUUUACCUCUGGCAGUUUGAGGCAAUAUAGAAAGAAACACAAGAACAUUGAUAUGAAAGCCAUGAAGAAUUGGUUGAGGCAGAUUCUUCGAGGAUUAUGCUAUCUGCAUGGCCAUAAUCCGCCCAUAAUUCAUAGGGAUCUGAAAUGUGAUAACAUCUUCGUCAACGGUAAUACGGGACGUGUUAAGAUUGGAGAUCUUGGAUUGGCAGUUGUGAUGCAGCAGCCUCUUGCUCAGAGUGUUAUAGGCACGCCGGAAUUUAUGGCACCGGAACUUUAUGAAGAACAAUAUAAUGAACUUGUUGACAUAUAUUCUUUUGGCAUGUGUGUGUUGGAAAUGGUCACCUGUGAAUACCCAUAUAGUGAAUGUAGAAAUCCGGCACAGAUAUAUAAGAAAGUUACUUCUGGUAUAAAGCCUGCCGCUCUGGCUAAAGUACAUGAUUUGAAAUUGAGAGAAUUUAUUGAGAAGUGUCUAGUUCCAGCAGCUAUGCGACUGCCGGCGUCUGAACUGUUGAAAGACCCAUUCCUUGUUGCUGAAAUCCCGAAGGAGAUCAAUCAUGAUACACUACUGCAGCUGACUAAUCCGCCAAUAUCUGAGCCUUGUCCUAUGGAGACAGACUCAAGCUCCAGGCAUACUUCACAUGGUUCCUCUGUGAGUAGUAUUGAAGAAACUUCCUUAGUUUCAGUGUUCGAUCUUCUGCAGGUGACUCAGAAAAACGAAUUCCGGUUAAGAGGGGAGAAAACUGCCACCAGUACAAUUUCACUUACCCUGCGAAUUGCCGAUGCAUGCGGUCGAGCAAGGAAUAUCCAUUUUCCGUUUUAUACCCAUUCUGACACGGCCAAUUCAAUUGCUGUGGAGAUGGUUGAGCACCUGGAACUUGCGAAGGAGGAUGUAACUGUGAUUGCUGAGCUAAUACAAAACAUGAUUCUGAAGCUCAUGCCCAACUGGAAACCUUCCUCUCAUUCCUCUCUCAACUUGUCAUCUGAAAAAGAUCACUUGUACAAGCCUUCGGAAGAACUUCGGAGCUGUGGAACAUCAAGUUGCCAGUGGCCAUCACUAUCAAGUGUUUUUGAUACAAAAGCAAUUCAAGAUGAUUCUGUUCGCUUACAUCAUGAUGGAGAAAAUCAUUAUAUACAAGAAUCUGUUAUGUCAGAGAUUUCAUCAGAGUAUGGGACUACAUUUGCUUUAGAUUCGAAGAGUGAAGAGCAUGAUAGCUUUAGUAUGGACGGAUGCUGCAAAGGAUCCAAUGGCUUAAAUACCAAUUCAGAUGCCGGGUUCUGUGCUCAAGAUGAUAAUGAACAAUCAGAGAAAUCAGCAGGCGUUAUCAAUUCACAAUGCAGUGCAUUCGAAAACUUUGACGUGUCAAGUAUAUGUUCUGUUGCUCUAGCCGGCAUAGAUAAUUCAAACGAGCUACAGCUGGAGCUUGAGGCAAUAGAAACGCAGUAUCACCAAUGUUUUCGUGAGCUCGUGAAGAUGAGGGAGGACGCCAUAGAAAACGCCAAAAGGAUGGAUUACAAGGAAGAAAAUAUCAGUUAUGUGAUGCACUAAGAUGAUUUUGUCCCGGGUUUUUUUUUACCCUGUAUUUUUUUAAGAGUAUAGUGAUAGUUAGGUACUGAAAAUUUCGACUUCGGACUAAUUAGUUCCUACAAAAAAAAAAAAGGUACCAAUUUAGUCUUUUAUGAUAGCAAAUAGUGGAUAUAUAAUGUCCUUCUAUCAAUUCAUCGCUUAAAAUUUAAGGGUGGUGUUUAUAUAUAUCGUUAAUAACUUUAACGUAUCUAUUUAUGGAAGAUGGCUAUGUAGAUAAGAAUUUUUGAA